AAAUAUACACACAAAUUCUUACUUAAACCAAUAAAUAAUGAUUCUAUCCCCUAGUUUUUUUUUUGUUUAGAACAAUGCAGUCCAGCGUCAUGCCUGAAGUACGAGAGUCGGUUGAAAACAUUGGAGGAAUAUUGGACGAUGUUUGGCGUACCACUACGUUUCCUUUUUCACAAGAUAGAAUGAUAAACGUAUUCGAUAUCAUUGGUUAUACGAUAUGUUCAUUGAUACAAAAAAAUUGCACAUCUAUCAAUCUGUGGGAAGUAAACGAGUCUAAGGAAUACCAGAUAUUGACGCUAUUAUCCGACAGUUUGAAUGCUAUACUAACAUGGACCAGCGCUUGUAAAUCCCUUACGGAAACGUACUGGCCGAAUUACGCACUCCACCCUUGGAAUGGAAAACCUUAUGUGCCCACAUCGUGUAUAAAUUUUCAAUCUCGGCUGAAAGAAAUAAAAGAUAUCAGAUCAACCCAUAGCCAGUUGAAUAAAUUGCUUACACAUAAUGAGCAAAUGGAAUUACAAACACAUUUAUUAUUUCAACCUUUCCAAAAUGUUAAUAUAUGGAUGUGUAGCGGAACAAAUUCUGCAUGGGAUGCUGCGGUCGCCAGAUUUUCAACAGACUUACGUCCAGCAGAAAUGAAGAUCGCUGAAAAAUUAAAACCCAGACUUCAUAAUACGUCUACUAAACAGAUGCUAUAUGAAUUUAUGCGAUACCAAGCAUUAAUAGAAAGGCCCCUCGUGAAGCAGACGUUAAAUAACGAGUUGGAGAUAUUUGUGUCUUCUCUCAUAGCCAUGUUAAAGGACGUCCAAAAACAAUUGGAUGCAGACGAAAUGGAUGUUAAAAUGUAUCAACCACCAGAAAUGUCACCUGUCGUAUACCAGGUGCAAUGGGCUAAGCAGAUGGAAGCGAAAGUGAAGGAAAUUCAUACAUGUGCUGAUAAAUAUCUUAAAGAAUUUGAAAAUAAUGCUGAGCUUCUGUCACUCGCUUCGAAGUUAUUGAAGGAUUUGAAAACAAUGUAUACCCAACUUCACGAAGAGUGGUCUAGAGAUUUACAGGUUCAAUCCAAGAACGGGUUGCUCCAACUUGCGCUGGACAAGCCCGUGGUAGAGUUUAGCGGCGUGAGCAAGAUGAUGGUGGUGAACUUCAACCCGCGCCUCGUGUGGGUGGAACUAGAGUGUCGCGCGAUGACGUCACUGGGUCUACCACCGCCGCCGGCAACCGCCGUUUUUGACUCACUUACCUCAGCUUUGACGUAUGCCCGCGCUUUACAGCAGGUAGCGUCAUUCCACAACACGCUAGGGGAACGCAUGAUUCCGUCAACACGUCCAAUGAUGCUGCAAGCUGCGCUCGAUCUGUCUUCAUUGGUGCAAGAUCAGAAAGCCGUGUAUUGGGACGAUAUAGAGCAAUUGGCUAACUAUACAGACAAGUUGAAGAAAGCUGUGUUGAAGUUAGAGAGUCAAAACACUUAUCUUACAAAUCAACACGUGGCCAUCAGAACAAUUGUAGAAAAACUCGUGGAUACUGAUCUUCUGGCCAAACAGUCUGAUUGGAAGCGAGCCGUCAAAGAUAUUCGCAAUGUUAUAGAGACGGUGGAAAGAAAUGGCUAUAAAAAUACAGAACCUUGGAGACUGCAUUGGGACUGGCAACUAUACAAAGCUUUGGAAUGUCAAUACAUAAAGACGCUGCUGUCAUUGCAUAAUCAUUUUCCGCACGUUAAAGUCGAUUUAGUACUACGUGGACACAUGGUGCAAGUGCAACCACCGAUGGAAGAGAUCCGCGUUCAACAUUACAAUCAGUUGAGGCGUCUCGUGUCGCUGCCUGCGCAGUUCGUCGGCAUGCAAAAUAACAUCACAGAGAGUCAAAGCAUAUUCGCGGCUAUUGUUGAUAAACACAGUUGGCUGGGUAACACGGCGGUGGGUCGGCUGGAGGCGGUGCUGUCGGGCGUGGAGUCGGUGCGCGGCGCGUGGGCGGUGCGCGCGGCGCUGGCGUGCGCGGCGGACCUGCGCGCGCUGUGCGCCGAGCUGCGCGCCGCGCACCACUGGGAGCACAACUUCAGGGCCUGCAAGGCGUACGGACAGGCCGUCGCUAAGAUGACCUUUGACGACGAGAAGGUAGAGUGGAUAUCAAUAGGCACGGCUACUCUACGUCGUGAGUUCGAAGCUCAGACACGCUCGCUGUGGUCUUGUCUCAUGUCGUCUCUCCAAACCAGCUGUCGCAAUGACGCGGCGACCCUGGAAGCAUUUAUAGGCAACGCCAUGGUCAUGUUGGAGAACAAAUUGCUGCCUAAAAAUGCAAAGGAGCUGUCGGAGAUAAGUGCUAAACAACAUGCUCUCCAAGAAAAACUGCCUGAGAUGGAGAAAUUAGUGGAAGAUCUAAAGAAAAAAGGUCACUUGUUGCGGACGUGGGGCGGCGACACGUCCGUCGACAGGACAAUAAAGGAAUGGCAAAAAAUACGGGAACUCAUGCGCAGUCAGCAACAACUGUUCGAGCAUCAGGCAGAGAUAGUGAAAUCGAGCCUGAGCGCCGACUGGGACAAUCUGAACAGCACCGCGGAGGCAUGGCUCGAGCGCUGGGCGCACACAAAGAGCCGGCACGAGGACGCGCGCGGCGCGCACUACCGCGACGUGCUCGACAGAUGUCGCGACGUGUUCCGCGCCGUCGCGCACUGGGAGGGCUUCGUCGCUGAUAAAGACGGCUUGUUAAAAGAAUUUGCGAAGUUUAAUAUGCAGGUGGAAAUACCAGCGAUAUGGAAACAGGGUGAAAACCUCAUGAAGGAAUGUAUCGAUCUAUGGACCGUAUUCAAAGAGUAUAAUGAAGAAUUCGAGGCCAUGUCCCAACAACUGUGGGUGGUGUUCCAGAAGAAACUUCACAGCCUCGAAGAGUUUACAUCGAAGUGGAAAAGCCGUUUGGAACCAUACACUUCAGUCACUUUGCUAAUACAGCAAGAACUAGAUAAAUAUUCUGACCUAACACCGUUACUAAAAUACCUCCGAGGCACAGACUUCUCGGAGCGAAACUGGCUAGAAGUGUUCAGUCUUUUGGAAAUGGAAUAUAAAAAGCCAGACACAUUGCAGCUGAAUGAUCUGCUCAUUGUUGCGCCGAAUAUUAAGAAACAUAUCAAAGCUUUACAAAAAAUAUGCACAAUGGCCUCGAACGAGUCCGCUAUACGCAACGCUCUCAACGAGCUUGAGAUUUGGUUUGCCGGCGCGCGCUUUACCAUUGUGUACUACAACGACAAGUCUAAGCGGCCGACGCCUAUUGUCAAGGAUUUCAAGGAUAUUCUCACUAAGAUCUCAGAGCAGCAGUGGGUGGUAUCAUCGCUAAGUGGCGGCGGCGGCGGCGGCGGCGCGGACGCGUGCGCGGCGUAGGGGCGGCUGCGGAGCGCGCGCACGCUGCUGCGCGCCACGCACCACGCGCAACGCAGGUCAGUACUCUGCAGUCUGCACCUACCGCCCUGUCUGACGCACUCCAGGGGCUACAUAACAACAAAUUUAUGAUACCGAUAUACUUACCGAUAGACUAUGCCAUUAUUUUUUGGUUCUAUUAAUGUUAUAACGGUUGUAGAAAGGCAUCUUUUUUAAAGCCCAAGUAGUACUUACACAGAUGAAUUUUUUACUACGUAAAUCUAUAAGUAAGAAGAAAUACAGUAUGUUUGCUCUUUGAAAUAACUGUCUUUACAAGGUCAGAUAUUAUCGUUAUUUGCACUGUCCCCUGUCUAUUUGUUUGUUGCGAUUGAGCCUGUAUCUAGGACUUUAAUAAUUUACUAUCUACCAUUUUCGUAUCAUUGAAGAGUAUCCGCAUUUUGUGAUAAAUAAAUAUAGAUUAAAACCGCUGACAAGGCUUUGUCGGGCGACUGGAUUACUGCAAAGUACCUUCUAGCGAAGUCAACAGGAUCACUUUUAUCACGAAACGUAUGAAAUAGAUGGUUGAUCUGGGAUAGGGAAGAGGAUACAUGAAGAAUGACAAAAGGAUUUGAUUUCAUUCUGAUUACGGAAUAAUGAAAUUAGGAAAAGCGGUAUGUGUGAGCUAUUGGAGUAAGAAAAUUUUAAAACAGAGAUUGGUCUUCAAGCAGCAACUUCCUCGCCAUUUGUAACGUACAGACAACCCGAGGAAGAAAGAAUACUCCUGACCUUAAUUUUAUAUUAUCAGUUAUCUAAUUUCUUCUGUGAAUAUGCAGAUAUUUAAAGGCAUAGUUAUAAUGACAUACUGUAUUAAUAUAUUUAUUCACACAACAUCUGUCACACGAGGCUUCUACAUAAUCCUAUGCACCCGGUAUGAAGGAAAAUACUUCUUUACUUCGCCUAUACAAGAUAACUGUUCAACGAAUCUUAUGUUAUAAUCAACGAAGAUCCAAACUAAAUA